AGAACAGAUCAGCACAUUGUGCCGAAACUUCCAAGAAGUCCAAGCAAGCAGCAUGGAAGGACAGAGGGACAACCAGGAUCCACCUCCACGACCACUGGCUCGCCACCUUUCUGACGCAGAUAGAUUGAGGAAAGUCAUCCAAGAGCUUAUGGACACUGAGAAAUCUUACGUCAAGGACUUGAGCUGCCUCUUCGAGCUAUACUUGGAGCCCCUUCAAAAUGAAACCUUCCUUACCCAGGAUGAGAUGGAGUCCUUGUUCGGCAGUCUGCCAGAAAUGCUGGAUUUCCAGAAGGUGUUUCUGGAGACCCUUGAAGAUGGAAUAUCUUCUUCCUCAGAUUUUAAUACACUGGAAACACCGUCCCAGUUCCGGAAAUUGCUGUUUUCCCUCGGAGGCUCCUUUCUGUAUUAUGCUGACCACUUUAAACUGUACAGUGGCUUCUGUGCAAACCACAUCAAAGUUCAGAAAGUUCUUGAGAGAGCCAAAACAGACAGUGCCUUUAAGGCCUUUCUGGAUGCUCGAAAUCCCACAAAGCAACACUCUUCUACACUGGAGUCGUAUCUCAUAAAGCCUGUUCAGAGAGUGCUGAAAUAUCCUCUGCUUUUAAAAGAGCUGGUGUCUCUGACAGACAACGAGAGUGAGGAGCACUAUCAUUUGACAGAAGCGCUGAAGGCAAUGGAAAAAGUAGCAAGUCACAUCAACGAGAUGCAGAAGAUAUAUGAAGAUUAUGGCACUGUAUUUGACCAACUGGUUGCAGAUCAAAGUGGGACAGAGAAGGAGGUGACAGAGCUUUCAAUGGGAGAACUUCUGAUGCACUCUGCAGUUUCCUGGCUGAAUCCUUUCCCAUCGCUGGGCAAAGCAAGAAAAGACCUUGAACUUACAGUGUUUGUUUUUAAGAGGGCUGUGAUACUAGUGUAUAAGGAGAACUACAAACUGAAAAAGAAAAUGCCUACUAAUGUUCGUGCUGCACAUAAUUAUGGUGACUUGGAUCCAUUUAAAUUUCGUUGGCUGAUUCCUUUAUCUGCUCUUCAAGUUCGACUGGGGAACACAGCAGGAACAGAGAACAGCUGUAUCUGGGAACUGAUUCACACAAAGUCAGAACUAGAAGGCAGGCCAGAAACAAUUUUUCAGUUGUGCAGCAGUGACUGUGAGAACAAGACUAACAUCGUGAAGGUGAUCCGUUCUAUUUUGCGGGAGAAUUUCAGACGUCACAUAAAAUGUGAGCUACCGCUGGAGAAAACAUGUAAAGAUCGCCUCGUCCCACUCAAGAACCGUGUACCUGCAACAGCCAAACUGGCUUCCACGAGGUCCUUGAAGGUCCUGAAGAAUUCAUCCAGUAGCGAGUGGAACGGCGACCCGGGGAAAAGCACCUUCCAGGACUCCGAUGAGGGCAGCCUGAGCAGCAGCACUCAGAGCAGCAGCUGCCACACUGCCGAGAGCAUACAGGAGCCCAAAAAGUCAUCUCCCACUAAACACGUAGAGAGCUCUGCAUCCGACUUUUCUAACGUUCUUGUCAAAGAAUCGGAUAUUCUCAGUGAUGAUGAUGAUGAUGACUACCGGAGCCUAAAGAAGGGCAGCCCUACGAAAGACAUUGAAAUACAGUUCCAACGGCUGAAGAUUUCUGAGGAACUGAAUACAGACUCUGAACGGGAUCAGGCUGCUGAAAAUGAGGAAGGAGAUGGCUUUGAGACAAGACAGCAUCCAAAGCUGGUGCGUGGCCAUUUCUGCCCCGUGAAGAGAAAAGUAAACAGCACAAAGCGUCACAGAGGAACUUUAAUGGCAAUGCAAGAACGUCACCAGUCCCUCGACAGUCACUCUGAUGCUGCAAACCUGGAUCUGAACUCGAUUUUAGAGAGAGAAUUUAGCGUCCAGAGUUUAACAUCUGUAGUCAAUGAGGACUGUUUUUAUGAAGCUGUGGAGAGGCACGGGAAAUCCUAGCUUUCUAAGCACUAUAUUUAAAAUAUUCAUUUGAAGUCUACAUAAAAUUCAACAAACUUAUUUUGCUUUAAAACUAGUAAGUUCAUGGAAGCUGCAGGAAAACUACUAUCUGAUUUUGUGCACUAAUACAUUUUUUCCACAAAAACAGCUGUAAAGGAUUCUUAAGUUAUUUUAAUUUAUUGUGGAUCAAAAAAAUAGAUUAAGUUGGCCAAGGUCUGUAAAUUAGUUCAUCCCUUUUCAAGCAGUUGUUAAGCUGAUGUUGUUUUCUUGGGGAGGGGAGGGGAAGGGAAGGGACGGCCAGCCUCGCUAGUAUUUUAAGUAAUGUGGAAAAGGUGCUAGUGAGUGGCGGAGAGGAUUACAAUGGAAAGUAGCAUUGCAAAAUGGAUUUUUCAAUACCUUGGGCAUUUUGUUUCUUUGGGUUUCAUUUUUGCUUUAUUUAAAGCAGAAUUAAGUUAUUUUACUGUGUUUUAGUGCACAAUAGUGCAGAAAUUUCAUUUUUGUAUGUUUCAAGAUGCUGUUUAUACUUUAUACAUAUGUGUAAAUACAAAACCAAAGCUUGGCCUGUAAUCUUUUAUUUGACUGUAUUUUUUAUUUUCUCUACCAACCUGUACAGUAAAAGACAAAUAAGUAUUGUACUUAGCCAUGUUUUCUAUUUUUUACCAUGCUGCUUUUCUCUAGUUGGAGCUUUAAAUCCCAAAUUCUUUGCUUUUGCAUAAGUGAGAAGAGUAUUAGCAGAC